AUGGCUAUGUGUGAACUCCAGGUCAAUUUUGUAAAACCAGGCUGCUUUCAUAAGAAGCGUUACAAAAUUCAUUGUGGUAAAAACAAAACUUGUGGCCAGAUCGUCAUGAUGGAGUGUAACGUGAUCUCAUUUCCAGGUGAAGGCAAAAAGAAAGUAUAUAUCAAGCAAUGCUCGGUCAGAAUCCCAAACGCUCGAGGAAAGGGUAAGUCGAUCGAAAUGACGUCUCUGUUUGCUGUAGCCAUUGUAGCUAAGAACGGAUAUUUGUUUCCGUUCUGCAUAAUCCCUUUUGACAAGAAUAUGCUGUAA